AUGAAAAAGCUAUUUCUGGAAAAGUACUUUCCUGCUUCUAAGGCGGCUGCUACUCGUAAAGAGAUUAGUGGUAUUCUACAGAUUACUGGAGAAUCUCUUUAUGAAUACUGGGAGAGAUACAAGAGGUUGCUGACGAGUUUACCUCACCACAAUGUAUCCUCAACACUUAUCAUUCAAUACUUCUACGAAGGACUACUUCCAGAACCGAGGAAUUUGAUUGAUGCAGCAGCCGGUGGUUCACUCACUGAGAAGACAAUCUCGCAAACAACUAGUCUGAUUGAGAGUAUGGCCUCAAAUGCACAACAGUUUUAUACAAGACAUGACUCAAAUGUCAGAAGGGUUAGCGAGAUGGGGGAGUCUCCAAAUACAGAGCACCGGUUAAGUACAAUUGAGAAGGCGAUUCAUCGUUUAGCUUCUGUAGUAGCUCCACCAUAUGAAGAAGAGGCUGAGGUUAAUGCUCUAUUUCCUAAUCCAAUACCAAGGUAUGAUCCAUAUUAUAACACCUAUAAUUCAGGUUGGAAAGAUCAUCCUAAUUUCAGUUAUGCAAACAAGCAAGUUGCAGCUCCUAAUCCUUAUGCAAGGCAAGGUGGUUUUCAACAACAAUUUCAAUCACAACCGCAACCACAAGCACCAAAGGAGGACGCCUCUGAGAAGAUGAUUACCAUGAUGCAAGGUCUUUCAUCUAUGUUCCAACAAAGUCAACAGAAAGCCGAACAAAAUCAACUAAAAACUGAUAAUGCUAUUAGAGAUCUACAAACUCAAAUGGGGAAGUUGGCAACGGAUGUGAAUCUACUGAAAUCACAAGCAUCGACAAAGUUGCCAUCCCAACCUUUUAUGAAUCCAAGAGAGUAUCUCAAUGCAGUGACUUUAAGAAGUGGGAAAUAA